AUGAACAGUGACGCCGCGACAACCCCAGCGCCGCUCGCGCCGAGCGUCGAGAAAGCCUACUACCGCAAAUGCAUCGCCCUCAAACGUCGCCUCAAUGAAGUCGAAGCGGCCAACGAUGAAGCCAGACUUCGCCGUCUGCGUCUCGACCGAGCAAUCAUGAAAAUGCGCCUCGAACGUGCCUUCCUCCUCGACGAACUGCGCAGAAGAAUGGAUACCAACAUCGACGGCAGCGAUGGCAGCGGCGAAGAAGGAAUGGCMACUCCUCCACCAGAUCGCCCACAUCGCGACAAGCGCAGACGACCGACCUCAGGCAAUGCAAACGGCAAUCAGCAGACGGGAUUCGCACAGCCACCACAGCAGCCCGGACCCCAACAAUACACGCCUUCACAGUCAAGAAACCCUUCAGAUCCGAAUGUAGGAUCUGCGCAACUAGUUCCAGGGCCAGGAAACUCGAUGGUUCCGCCAAAUAUGGUGACGGAUGAUGGGAGAUAUUUCUACUCGGAGCAGCAGCAACGACAAGCACCGCCUCCAAUGCCACAUGGAAGUCCGUACGGGCCACCAUCGAACGGGCUGCCGAAUAGUGGUGGUCGCUCUGAGAGGGUGAAUAGUAUGAACAGUAUGGAAGUGGGUGCGCCUUCGUCGACUCAAGCGGUGGGCAACGGGCAGGAGGAGCAUGAUGGAGGGCGGAAUGCGUUCACUGCGGUGAAUCAAUGA